AUCAAGCUUCUAGUGACAAGCAUUAAGUCCGCCGUAAAAGCAGCCGAACACGAACAGAUCGCGCUGAAAAAGAAAGCCGAAGCAGCUGAAAAGGUGCUGAAAGAUGCGGCGGAGCAUACAGCAGUUGAGACACAGCAGGCACCCAAAAGAAGGCACGAAAAGCAACGGAACGUGCAAGACUUUGCCAGCGUUCUGAAGGAACGUGUCAAGGAUGGUGAGUGGCAGACCGUGGAAAACCAGCGGGAGAAGAGGAAGCAGCAGAAGGAGAAUGUGGAAAAGAGGAAGGAACAGAAGAAACAAGAAAAACGUCGUUCUCCUCGGGAGAGAGUUAAAGGUGAUGCCCUGAUCGUAGAAGCGAGCGAUAAAACGUCGUACGCAGCGAUCCUGAAGAAAGUGAGAGAGGACACGGAGCUAAAAGACUUGGAUCGCGCUGAAAAGAAAGCCGAAGCAGCUGAAAAGGUGCUGAAAGAUGCGGCGGAGCAUACAGCACUUGAGACACAGCAGGCACCCAAAAGUCCCCGAACCACUCGCACGGAAAAACGAGGAAGAGAUUCGCCUGGAGAGCAGGAAGGCACGAAAAAGCAACGGAACGUGCAAGACUUUGCCAGCGUUCUGAAGGAACGUGUCAAGGAUGCAAAGCUGUGA